AUGUACGAGCCGGGCACAGAGCAGAUUAACUGCAACGGCACCUUCAUCGCACUGCCCAGCCUGGAGGUGGUUCGCUCAGCUCCCAAAAUGCCCAGCGAUGCCAACAUUGAUUGGCUGCUCCACAUUUAUUUUACUCGCCGCGAGUUCACGCGCUGCCGCCGCCUCAUCGAACGUGAGCUGAAUCGCCACCUGAAUCCGGAGUACCUGUACUUUGUCCAGGGACUAAUUGACCGUGAAGAGGGCAACCACAUCGAGGCUCUGCGGCAUUUGCAGAAGUCAGUGGAGCUGAAUCCCAGGAACAUCGAGACCUACAAGGAAAUCGGUCGGACGCUCUACCUGAUGGGUCGGUUCAAUCAGGCCCUGGGCGUUUUCCGGGAGGCGGAGCAGAGGAGCAGUCGGCCAGACCACGAGAUAUACCACUAUCUGGGCGAACUGCUCUAUCGCGCGGCCACCACACAGGGCCAGAAGGAGUUGGCCAACCAGCAGCAGGCGGAGGCCCGUUCCUACUUCGAACUCGCCGUGCAAUCUGGCCGGAAACAGGAGAGCUACAUCCGUUUGGCGGAGCUGUACCGGAAGGACAAACAGUACCAGCAGGCCAUCGAUGUGCUGGAAACCUGUCUUCACCUAACGCCCGAGAACUCGGAGGUUCUGAUUGAAAUCAGCGUGCUGUACCUGAAAAUCAACGAGACGCAAAAGGCACACGAUCGGCUGGCGGAAGUCGUCAGCAUCGAGCGGAAAUGCUCGCCCAAGGGGCUUCUGGCCUUCGGCGCCAUUCUGCAGUCUCGCAACGAUGUCGACGGCGCCCUCAGCAAGUACAGCCAAAUCGCACAGGCUGAGCCGGAAAUUGCCGAGCUGUGGAACAACAUUGGGUUGUGCUUCUUCAAGAAGCAAAAAUUCAUUGUGGCCAUUUCAUCGCUGCGCAAAUCCGUUUGGCUCUCACCGCUCAAUUACAAUGCCCUGUACAACCUGAGCCUAAUCUACAUUGCCUCCGAACAAUAUGCCAGUGCCUUUCACACGCUGGCCGCUGCCAUCAACCUGCGAAAGGAUAAUGCCGAGUGCUUCAUGCUCCUGGGCCUCUGUUUGCGUAAGCUGGACGAUAUGGAGAACGCGUUCGUGGCCCUGGAGAGGGCAAGUCGCAUGGCCACCGGACAACAGGGUGGCGGUCGAAAUCCUUUGGUGGUGCUGAACUUUGCCCUGUUUUGCUACGAAACCGGCCGAUUGGCCCUGGCCACCGAGCAGUACAACCGCUUCAUGAGCCAGGCCCAGGAUCUGCUGCUGCCCACGGAAUACAAAUUCCAAGCCACCAAGCUGAAAUCCCUGCUGAGAAUCUCGAACCAGGGCAAUGGCAUCCUUCUUGAUUCCGCGGAUUUGCAGCAAUCCGACCUGGGCGAAAAUCGAUCCAAGGAACUGCUGCCGGACGAGCUGCCACUGGAGGUGAACGCUGUUGUCAGCCGGAAUUAAUUAUGUACGGUUACCAUAGAGCAAUAAACAUUUCCCCCUUGCGGUUCACA